AUGACAACAGCAGCAGCAGCAGAAGAAGAACAGCCAACGUCAAGUCAAACGGAGAAGAAGACGCCAAACUAUCCAACGCCCAAACAGCAGAGACAGAAGCAGCUUUUAAACCGACACCCGCGGCUCGCCGACCAGACAGACACCCAAUUCAGAAAGACGAAAGAAGGAAUAGAGCCAGAAGAAAAACAACAAGCAAGCGGAGAAGAAGAAGAAGACCCAGAGAAGACAAGCAGAAGAAGGUUAGUCCUCGGCGGAGGCGCGGCUAGUGGAAGUUGGGCUGGCAAGGGGCAAAAGGGCACAGCAGGAGAUAGAGACGCCGCAGGACAAGGGGUGGUUGGCAGGGCAGCCAAUUACGCUGCAGAAGAGUUCCUCUCUUGCGGAGAGGACAUGGAAGAAAGAAAGGAAAAAAAAAAAAGAAAAGAAAGAAAGGGAUUAGAUAAAGAAGAACGACUGGCAAGGGGAAAGGCACUCCGACUGCAUCUGUCCAAUCCAACAUGGCAUUUUUUGGCUUUUCACUAUUCAUUCCAAACUAUUGGACUCGAGUUGUCUGCGGCCCCUGUAACAUUGCGAGAGAAAGAAGCAAAAGAAAAAGAAAAAGAAGAAUACCAGAUAUAUAGCAAGAAGAGCAGUAAAAAGGGGGGAAAUAAACAAGUCGGAGAAAAGGCGUAUAGAACAUCUGGCAGACACAAGGGAGCUGAAGACGAAGUUCGAAAGGGCAAAUUGCCACCGGUUCCCACCCUCCCAAAGGUUUUUUGA